GUGGAAAUUUCUCUAUUUAAUGGCGAGUAUAGGUUCAGGACACAGCACACACGGCAGAGCUAAUUUGGUUUUCUCCCCAGGCACUCUACUUUUCGUUUUCCAUUACCAUGGCCUCUGCCUCACUUCUCUCAGCAACUCUAAAAAGGCUGCAAGACAAGGUGGCUCUCAUCACUGGAGCUUCUAGCGGAAUUGGGGAGUGCACUGCCAGACUCUUCUCCAAACACGGUGCUAAAGUAGUGAUUGCAGAUAUUCAGGACGAGUUAGGAAACUCUCUCUGCCGAGAACUUGCGGCAGAUUCCCCCAGCUCCUUUGUCCACUGCGACGUUACCAAAGAAGAAGAUGCCCAAAAUGCUGUUAAUACAGCUGUUUCUAAGUACGGGAAGCUUGACAUCAUGUUCAACAAUGCAGGGAUAAUUGGGGUAGCUAAACCCAACAUACUUGAUAAUGAAAAAUCAGAAUUUGAAAAGAUCAUUAGUGUUAAUUUAGUAGGUGCAUUCCUGGGGACUAAGCACGCAGCUCGAGUGAUGAUCCCCAAUCGCCGAGGGAGCAUAAUUACAACUGCUAGUGUUUGUUCAGUGAUUGGAGGGGUAGCAUCUCAUGCUUAUACUAGUUCAAAACAUGGGGUGUUAGGACUGAUGAGAAAUACUGCUGUGGAGUUGGGACAAUAUGGAAUUCGUGUGAACAGUGUGUCGCCAUACGUGGUUCCCACCACACUGGCGAAGGAUUUCUUUAAGCUGGAUGAUGAUGGAGUGUAUCGGAUUUAUUCUAACCUCAAGGAGGCAGUGCUUAAACCAGAAGAUGUGGCUCAGGCUGCUCUUUACUUGGCAGGUGAUGAGUCCAAGUAUGUGAGUGGCCAUAAUCUGGUAGUGGAUGGGGGAUUCACCGUUGUGAAUCCAGGUUUCUGUAUGUUUCCACAGUCCGUAUAAUGUUUUUGUUUAGAGUCUGUUCCGUGAAGGAAUUAAAAUGAAUAAAUUAAUAAAACUUAUAUGUCA